AUGGACGUUGCUAUGGGUGAUAGUGAGACAAAACCUUCUGCUGAACACAAUACUGUCGCGAUCGCUGACUACGCCGCGUUCUGGGAAAGAUUAUCAUUUUUCGUGCAGUUGGCUCUGCGUUCCGAUUUGCAAGACACACACCCGUUGUGCCUCUAUUCACAUGAGGAGCUAUAUAGAAGCAUCUACUGGACUUGUUGGAGGGGAUUGCAAGGAAGACUCUUUGAAGAUCUGAAGAAUGUCAUAAGAGAAACCCUUGAAUUUCUAAAUGGCCAGCUGCAAUCUUGUCAGGAUCUAGACGACUUUAUUAUGAAAUUUGCCGCAAUCUUGUCGAAUCACUUAAGAGCAAUUGACGUUCUUGGCAGCAUAUUUGCAUACUUGGAUAAUACAUAUAUAAAUGGCGUACUUAAUGACAAUCUGCGACACGUAAUGGUAGACAGUUUUAUGCAAACUAUUCUAAAGGAAUCGGAGAGGCAAUUAAUGUACAUAUUCAAAAAAAUAUUUGAAAAUCCGAAUGCCAACAAAAUAAAAGAUAUCGUGCGGGAUCUAUUUAAGAUGUCUUCAGAUAGCAUAUAUCUCAAUCCAUUAUUAUUUGAGAGUGUAAUAAUUGGUAUAAGGUUGCCUCCUAAUGUCGAAGAUUUGCGAAUGAAGUAUAGGCAGUUGGAUGCAAAGUAUAACAUAAUGACUAAUCCAAAAUGUUCUUUGUCGAAGAGAACAGCCAGCGCAAUAGAUGAGGACGAUUGUAAAGCAAGUUCGUCCAAACGUCGACAGCUUGGGCCAUGA